AUGACAAAUGCCGUGAGCGCUGCAACGGCCAUCGCUGCCCUGGCCGCAGCAGCAGCAGCAGCAUCAACUCAUGGCAGCAGCAACAACAGGACCCUUGACCAGAGCAGUCUCCUGUCCGGCAGCAACAGUGGCAAUGGCAGCCGACGCAACCACAGUGCGCUGCUAUUGGCCACCGAUCACCUGCCGCUGCAGCUGACAACCGCCAAAGUGGAUCUGGAGUUCGAAAUCGACAUUCAACUGCUGACAAAUGGCUAUGACGGCACCACGCUGACAUCGUAUUUCAAUGAGACGAGCUGGACAAACGCCUCUGAAAUGGAUACAAUAGUUGGUGAGGAACCGGAACCGCUCUCACUUGUGUCAAUUGUAGUUGUUGGCGUCUUUUUAUCGUUGCUGAUAUUCCUUUCGGUUGCCGGCAAUAUACUCGUCUGCCUGGCCAUCUAUACGGAGCGCAGCCUGCGCCGCAUUGGCAAUUUGUUUUUGGCCUCAUUAGCGAUUGCGGAUCUGUUUGUGGCCUCUCUGGUGAUGACAUUCGCGGGCGUCAACGAUUUGCUUGGCUAUUGGAUCUUUGGUGCAGAGUUUUGUGAUACUUGGGUGGCCUUUGAUGUCAUGUGCUCGACGGCAUCUAUUUUGAAUCUGUGCGCCAUAUCCAUGGACCGUUACAUACACAUCAAGGACCCGCUCAGAUACGGACGAUGGGUGACACGCCGGGUGGCUGUUAUUACCAUUGCAGCUAUUUGGCUGCUGGCAGCGUUCGUCUCGUUUGUACCCAUCUCGCUGGGGAUCCAUCGACCCGACCAGCCGCUGAUUUUCGAGGAUAAUGGCAAGAAGUACCCCACAUGCGCUCUGGAUCUGACGCCCACGUAUGCUGUCGUCUCCAGCUGUAUCAGUUUCUACUUUCCCUGCGUGGUCAUGAUUGGCAUUUACUGUCGGCUCUACUGCUACGCCCAGAAACAUGUCAAGUCUAUUAAGGCGGUAACACGACCCGGCGAGGUGGCCGAGAAGCAACGGUACAAGAGCAUACGUCGACCCAAGAAUCAGCCAAAGAAGUUCAAAGUGCGUAACUUGCAUCACAGCUCGCCGUACCACGUAUCCGAUCACAAGGCAGCGGUCACAGUGGGCGUCAUAAUGGGCGUCUUCCUCAUAUGUUGGGUGCCAUUCUUCUGUGUCAACAUAACGGCAGCCUUUUGCAAGACGUGCAUCGGCGGCCAGACAUUCAAGAUACUUACCUGGUUGGGCUACUCGAACUCCGCUUUCAAUCCGAUCAUCUACUCAAUUUUCAACAAGGAAUUCCGGGAUGCGUUCAAGCGCAUACUGACAAUGCGCAAUCCGUGGUGCUGCGCCCAGGACGUGGGCAAUAUACAUCCACGCAAUAGCGAUCGCUUUAUCACGGACUAUGCCGCCAAGAAUGUGGUAGUCAUGAACUCGGGCCGCUCCAGCGCCGAGCUGGAGCAGGUCUCUGCAAUUUGA